GUGUGAAAACCAUAAACCUCUCUGCAGCUCGCUUUCCUCUUUCUCUCUCUCUGCGUGAAAAGCGACACUUUUCCGGUCAUCGUUUUCUGCCGAAGGGAAGGGAAGAGAUUCGUGGCUUUUUGAUUUUUUACCGUAUAGUUCGGCAAAUUCAACGUAAUUUCCAAGCUGUUCCAUUCUACGGCUCGAUCGGCUCAGAUUCUGGUUGAAUUUCCAGUCUGAUUAGUGACUUUACAAGGUAAACCCUUUCUAUCUCGUCACCAUUUCCAUUCGUUCGGCUUUGUAACUUCCCUGGAAACAAGCAGAUCAUUCAACUCAGCCUUGUGGGUCGGCUACAUGCUACAUGAAUUCUGUUUUGCCAUUGAGUUCUAUUAAUGACGAUCAACAUUAAUGGGUGAAUGAUGUUAUUGUGGGGGCAUAAUGCUUGAUUCUUGGCAUAGGCCAUAUUUGAUUGUCUGUCAAAGUAGAAGAAAAAUUGGGUCAAACUACAUCUAUGAACUUUGUAUGUGUCAUGGUUUAACUGGUGUAUGGGAAUGACACAAUCAUUGAGAAAAGCCCUAUUAUCAUGUCCCUGCUACACCCAGAGAUGUUUGUUGUUCUCCCGUGUGGCGCUAAUCACCCAGAGAAUUUCUUUAAGAUCAGUUUACCGAUUAGAGUUUAUUUUCUUCUACAAUUUAGGAAAGUUUCAAGAGCCUGAUUUACGCUUUCAACUUUAUCAAAAGCCCACUGUCCAACAUUUAUGUACUAGUGUUCAACUAGAAAGGUUGUGCUGGGAAGGAUCUCCUCAUGAUGUUUUGCUUAAAAAGCUUGAGAUUGCUUUGAAGAAUUAUCAAGUGGAUGAAGCAUGGGACGCCUAUAAGGAUUUCAAAAGCCUAUAUGGUUUUCCUGGCCACUCUGUCAUGAAUAAGCUUAUGAUUAUUUUGUCAUACACCUCCGAGCCCAAAUGGCUUAAAAGGGUGUGCGAUUUAGUCGUUCUAAUUCAAAUAGAGAAACCAGAUUUGCUUCAGCUGGAUUUACUGAGGAAGCUCGCUCUUUCCUUAGCAAGAGCUCAGAUGCCCAUUCCUGCAUCGAUAAUCAUUAGAUUGAUGCUGGAUAAACAAAGUUUACCGCCAGUUGGUAUUUUGGCGACUGUCAUUCUUCAUAUGGUGAAGACAGAGAUUGGGACAUAUCUUGCAUCAAAUAUCUUGGUUGAGAUUUGUGAUUUUUGUCAACGUGUAACUGCAAGUAAAUCCCCUAGCGCUAACAUGAUAAAACCUGAUACAAUGAUCUUUAACCUUGUUCUUGAUGCUUGUGUGAGGUUUGGAUCAUCUUUCAAGGGCCACCAAAUUAUGGAGUUGAUGUCACAAGUUGGGGUUGUAGCUGAUGCACACACUAUUGUUAUUAUUGCUCGGAUCCAUGAGAUGAAUGGUCAGAGGGAGGAGUUAAACAAAUUUAAGAAUCAUAUUGUUCAUGUUCCAAUGUCUUUGGUGCCUCAUUAUCAACAGUUUUAUGAGAGUUUAUUGGGCUUGCACUUUAAAUUUGAUGAUAUUGAUGCUGCUUCUGCACUCAUUUUGGAUAUUUAUAAAUGUUGGGAGUCUCUUCCUUUUAAACAAGAUAAGAUGAAGUUGCAGAAGCCUUGUAUUGUUUCAAUUGGUUCUCACAAUCUCAGGACUGGGUGGAAACUACAGAUUUUACCUCUGCAGAUGCAAAAGGAUCCUGUUCUCAAAGUGGAAAGUAAACAGGAGCUUGUUAUGCUUAAGAAUGGUAAACUUGUUCUUAGCAACAAAGCAUUGGCCAAGCUCAUCAUAAGAUACAAGAAAUGUGGGAGGAUCAAAGAGUUCUCUGAGCUUUUAAGUAACAUUCAAAACAAGUUGGGUUCAUUGGGAGAAGCCAGUUUGUGCUCUGAUGUGGUUGGUGCUUGCAUUCAUCUGGGGUGGCUGGAGAAUGCUCACGACAUAUUGGAGGACUUGGAAUUGGCAGGGACUCCCCUGGCCUUUGGUUCAUAUUCUUCACUGCUCACAGCUUAUUACAGGGUAAAGAUGUUUAAGGAAGCAGAGGUAUUGCUAAAACAAAUCCGGAAGGUUGGUUUCCUUAUGAAAAUGUCUGAUGAGGUGGUUGUGUCGACACAUCUUUCAGAGGUAGAAGAUGACCACAAUUCAUAUUCAAAAGCAGCGACUACAAUUGGCAAAUCAGAUUUGGCAGAGUCUGUUAUCCGAGAAAUGAGAGAAGAAGAGAAAGUAGUUCCUUCUAUGGUUUAUGAGUUGAAUUCUUCAAUCUUCUUCUUCACGAAGGCCAAAAUGAUUGGAGAUGCCUUGAAGACAUACCGAAGAAUGCAAGAGAUGAAUGUCCAGCCCACAGUGUCAACUUUUUUUACUUUGAUAAAUGUUUAUUCUUCUUUGGAAAUGUAUCGCGAAAUCACAAUCUUAUGGGGAGAUAUUAAAAGGUAUACGCAGAAAGGAAAUUUAUUGGUCAACAGGGAUUUGUAUGAGUUCUUGUUAAGGAAUUUUCUUCGAGGAGGCUAUUUUGAGAGGGUGCUGGAGGUUAUUGGUUACAUGAAGGAGCAUGGUAUGUUUUUGGACAAGUCGAUGUAUAAAAUUGAGUUCUUAAAGUUUCACAAGGAUCUGUACCGGAGCUUAAAAGCAUCCAAUGCCAAAGAUGAGACUCAAAGCAAGAGGGUUGAGCAUGUUCAGGCGUUUAGAAAGUGGGUUGGCAUCGAUUGAAGUUUGUAGGAGGGCGAAGGCAGGAUUGACAAUAAAAUAGCCUUGGACAGAUGGAACGAUAGGAGAUUGGAGACCAAAGACUAGGCACACAAUAUUUUUUGGAAGUUAGUGGUAGUGAAGUUGAAGCAUUAUUUGA